AUGAAUAUGGAAAAAAAGAAUCAAGAAAAUCAAUCAUUAAUGGUUACAUCUCUACCGAAGAAUAUAAGUAAUGCUUUCACUGAUUAUUCUUCUAUACCAUCUAAAUCAGUAACAAAAGGAUCAGCACUCGACGCUAUUACAACACCACCACCGUUGGUAAAUUUAACACUGGUGGCACCCCCAAUGCAAUCAUUAACAGCUGUUAUAAAGACGACGAUAGAAACACCGUUGGCAACAGAAGAAGCGCAUCUGACAACAAUUACAAAACCAAUAUUAGAAACACCUAUUAAUGAGGCGUUAGUGAAGGCAAACGAAGAUGUGAAAUUAACAGUGGCAACAGGAAAACCAAAAGUUUUAAAAUUCAAGCAAAAGAGGCAACAUACAUUACUCGAUGAACAUUUGUCCGUACCAAGAACAAAAAAACGUAUUGUAAACCAACUGACUGUAACUACUGAUUGUAUAAGACACACUAUGUCGGAGCAUAAACCUACAGUUCCAGUUCAUGAACCAACAAUUCCUGGUAUUAAACCAACGACCCCUGUAAAUAAACUUACGAUUCCAAUUCAUAAGCCAUCAGUUCAAGUUGUUAAAACUACAACUCCAGUUAAUGAACCUACAAUUCCUAUUCACAAACCUUUGUAUAAUAAGUCACAAGUUUUCUCACCGGUUUUAAGACCAAUCUUUAGUUCAAAAUGGCCUGUACCAAAAAAACAACCAUUUGAAAAUCUCAAGGUUCCAGUUGAUAAACCUACAAUUGCUGAUCACAAAUGUUUGUAUAAGAAAUCAAUAGUUUUCUUACCAGUUCUAAAGCCGUACUUCAAUUCUACACGUUCUAUACCAAAAAAACAUAAGAAAAUUCCAGAAUCAAUUUCACCAAUAAGAAAACCAACUAAACUGCAAACGAAUCAAUCACAUCGGAAUACAUUAGAUUCACAGUCUACGUCACCACCUACUGAGUUUUCUGAGUUGAGCCACCAACGAGAUGGUCCAUCAAUAUUGUCAUCCACCACAUCAGACAUGAACCAAGUAAUUGAAAAUAUCAAAGUUAAAAUUGAUAAACCUGUAAUUCCAGUUGAGAAACCUAUGAGUCCAGCAAAUAAGCCUACAAUUACUAAUUACACACCUUUAGAUAACAAAUCACCAGUUGGACCAACGGUUUUAAGCACAUUCUUUAGUUCAAAAUGUACUAAGCUAAAAGAAAAUGGGAAUCCUCUGGAAUCAGUUUCACCAAUAAAAAAACCAACUCAACUGCAAACGAAUCAAUCGCAUCAGAAUACGUUUGACUCACAGUCUACGCCACCGCGUACCGAGUUUCCAGAGUUGAGACGCCAACGAGCUGGUCCAACAACAUUGUCGUCUACCACACCAUACAUUAUCCAACUAUUUGAAAAACUCAAAAGUCCUUAUCCUAAUGGGAUGACAUUUAUCAACCAUCUGCUUAACUUGGAAACAUGCCGUAAUCUGGGGACUUUAACUGUAGAAAAAAAUAAAACCACAUACCGUCAACGAACAUCUUAUACUGAAACCACUCCUCCUCAUAGCAUACACAUUCUUCCAGCACAAGAAGAAUAUCAAACGGUAUCAAGUACCGAUGAUGACGACAAUGACCUGACAAAUUGUGACUAUUUGAGUGACCAAUGUGUACCAAGUGACGAAAACAGUUCAGAUUCCCACUUUAUCCCAAUCAAAAAAACUUUUAAAUCCUGCAAUAUACCUAAGCAAAAAUCCAAUUUACCCAAAAGCUUUGGCAAUAAACUAUCUCAAUAUUACGAUAACGGUGAUAGCAAAAAACAAGUCAUCGAUUUACAGGAAAAUUCUUCUAUCACUUUUUACCCAGAUAUCACUACUGCUGCUACCACCUCUACUAUCACUAUGCCCAUUACAACCACUGAAGCUUCGAUGGAUAUUGUCUCAGCUACAUCACCUGCUUUUACCACUAUCGCUGAAGCAAUCAUAGAUAGUGAAGUUCCAGCUACUGUCGAAAUGUCCCCUGUAGCCACCAACACCUCAGUUUUAACUACUGCCGUCGCUAACUCCACCACAUCCAUCACUGACUCUACCACAGCCACCAAUAACACUGAAGUCCUUGGCAUUACCGACACAGUCACCAUCAACUAUGACAAAUCAGAAAUCACUUCCACGAUUAAUGAAAAUACUACCGUCGCUGAUGCCGCUGCUGUAGAAGAAUCUGCUACCUUAUAUAACACUAACGCCUUCUAUGAUUACAAAUGUGGCCUCUACCACAACAAAUGCAGCAGUUUCCGAAGCCAUUGA